UUUGCAAGGAAAAGGGUAGAGAAGGAUUUGGAUGCUCAACGCAGGAAAGCCGAACUACUGAAAUCACAAGCAGAGGGUUCCUUAGCUGAAAAGCUCCAGCUGGAGCUAAGGGAAUAUAAGGAAAUUCUUAAAUGCACUGUUUGCCUUGAUAGAAGAAAAGAGGAAAAAAUCGUUGAAUCCCGUCACCGUAAGUGCCCAGUUUGUGCAGCGAGUUUCGGGGCUAAUCAUGUCAAACAUGAGACUUUGAGAAAAGCUGAAGAGAUUUUCGGGAUGAAUAAUAAAGACCUCUACAUAUCAUUU